CGCGGAGACAUCAAAGUCUAAAGCUUCAGGAGUCCGGACGCAGCUUCGCAGCCAGCUGGGUACACUACGCUCAGCCAUCGCCCAACGCCCACGACGCGGCCCCAACGACCACGCCGCCGAAGUUCGAGCGCCUGCUCGCCGCAAUGAUAUUUGGGGCAUGAGAUAAAAGCAUCAGCAGUUCAACAAUCUCUUCUUGGCACACAUCUUUUCUGAAAUUAGUAUCCCUAUUCUUUAUCAAUUCAUAAUCUUUCUAGACCAUACCCCCUAUACAAACUCAGUUCCGUUCCCUCUCAUCAACUCCCCAUGUCUUAUGCCACAAAAAUCCCAAACCCUCUUUUUUGCAAGCCAUUUCUGAAAAUUUUCAAUUCAAAAACCUCAAGUGCAACUUCUGGAAAGUUCAUCUUCGUCAAGCGUGUUACUUUUCAGAGUAUUCCAACGAAACCAAUCUCUGCAAUUCCAACUGGACCUUCAUCACCUUCAAAUCCCGGUGAUGAUGACUUGCCCCAAAAGCUUAAAGAGAUAGUCAAGCUUUUCCAAGCAGUGGAGCAGCCCAAGGCUAAGUACGAACAGCUUAUGUUUUAUGGGAGGAAUUUGAAACCUAUGGAUGCUCAGUAUAAGACUGCCGAGAAUAAGGUUCAUGGGUGCAUCUCACAGGUCUGGAUAAGGGCAUAUCUUGAUGAAAAUAAAUGUGUCGUCUUUGAGGCUGAUUCUGACACGGUGUUAACUAAGGGCCUUGCAGCUUUGCUGGUUCAAGGACUUUCAGGCUGCUCUGCUGAGAAAAUUUUGAGGGUAUCACCCAAUUUUAUGGUACGUCUCGGAUUGCAACAGAGUUUAACACAAUCUAGAAGUAAUGGGCUUUUGAAUAUGCUCAAGCUGAUGCAGAGAAAAGCUCAGAUGUGUGUGGAAGCUGAAAAAGCUGGAAGUUUCAGUCAUAAUGAGGGUGCGAGUAAGCUGACUGAGGGCUCGAAUUUAGGAGUGACUAGUGAUAAUGGUGAUCCAGAUUUUAAGUCCAGAGUGAGUUCUGGGGAGACUAAGGGCAGUGAUAUCAAAGCAGUAUCACAUGAUAGUGUUUAUCAUUUUGAGGGUGUGAGCAAGCCAACUGAGAGAUCAAAUUUGGGAGUGACUAACAAUGACGGGAGUCCAGAUUUGAAGACUAAAGUGAGUACUGAGGAGACUGAUGGCAGUGAUAGCAAAGCAGUAUCACAUGAUAAUGUUGUUCUAGGGAGUCGAGGGAUGAGAAUCCGGGAUAGACUUGAGAGGGAGCUCAGCCCUUCUGAGUUACACGUUGAAGAUGUAUCGUAUCAGCAUGGUGGCCAUACUGGAAUUAGGGGCACCGGUGGUGGAGAAACACACUUCAAUGUGACAGCAGUUUCUGAAAAGUUUGAGGGGAAGAGUUUGGUCAAGAGGCAUAGGUUGAUAUAUGAUUUGUUGCAAGAGGAGCUGAAGAGUGGACUGCAUGCACUCUCCAUUGUUGCUAAGACACCGUCUGAACUAAUUUUUAUGUGAUGCCUCAGAUAGGAUAAAUGGUCUGAAUUUUCUUUUAGAAACAGAAAUUAUUGAAUUAGUUAAUGUCAGUACCAAUACCAUGUGCUAUUGUUGGAAUUUAAAGUGAGAUAUUUGGAAAGAUGUUUUCGCUUCAUUUUACAUUUGAAUAAUUGCCCUUGGAAAGCAUAAUACAUUUCGAAAAAUUUG